UGCAAUGGUAUGAGUCUAAUGAUCUCGUGUUAAAACAAGCCACGGCAUCCUUGGAGCUGGAGCCAGAAAAACUGCCUAUUUCUUGCUAGGCUGUCGAGCUCGGCUCGAGGAAGGAACACGGAGAGAACAGUAUAAUGAAAAUAAAGUUUAUCGACAGAUGUUUAUCGACAUAUACAUGAAACUACAAUAUCAGAAUUCAAAAGGUUUGCCUAAGUAAAUGUUAGGAAUGUUUUCCGUAUGUCGCAUCCUUCCGUUGGACAUGCGCGUUCCGUUCUCCCCCGGGUAGACACCGACAGGAGGGGUGUCGGGGCGCGUACCCCUGUGAAAAGCGCGUCCCCAUCUGAGGUAUUGGGGAUACAUGCAUGAGCAGGAUACGGGAGCGCGCUCUCUGUCCCCGCUGCCCACAUCUUUACCUACCCUGUAUUUUCCUGCGCACUCGAAGAUUGGUAAGGGUUCAUCAGAUCACCGCGGAGCAGGAGAACAGGUUAAAAUGGAGAAGGUGCUGGGACUAGCGGUAGUGUCGACUAUUUUCUGUGUCGGAUCCGUUGUUGGAAAAUUUGUUCAAGGAAUCGUCAACACGAAAGAGGAUUGGGUUUUCCUGACCCGCUUCUGUUUCCUGACCAAUUUUGGCCGGUUGGACUUCAGGUUCCGGUACCCAAAGUCACGCUGCUGUCAGAACAUAUUGCUGUACUUUGAUGACAGCUCACAAUGGCCAGCAGUAUACAAGAGGCCAGAUAAGGACUGCUACCAGAGGGAGGGCGUGCUGCGGCCAGAGAAUAACCAGGUCAUCAACCUGACCACGGACUACAAGUGGUCUGGCUGUGAGGUGGAGGUGGAGGGUGAUGAGGAGUCUCUCAGCUGUGUGGGGGGGCGCAGUUUCCGCUCGGUCAGAGAGAGGUGGUGGUACAUCGCUCUCAGCAAGUGCGGGGGAGACGGAUUGCAGUUGGAGUACGAGCUGAAACUAACCAAUGGCCAAUCCUUCUGGACUCGCCAUUUCUCGGCUGACGAGUUCGGAAUUCUGGAGACCGACAUCACCUUCCUCGUGAUCUUUGUAGUCGUAUUCACCAUCUCCUGCUACUUUGCACAUAACCUGAAGGGAAGACAGCUUCUCCACACCACCUAUAAGAUGUUUAUGACGGCGGCGGGAGUGGAGGUGCUCAGUCUGCUGUUCCACUGCAUGUACUGGGGCCUGUAUGCCAGGGACGGCUUUGGCAGCGGCGGCCUGAAAAUGAUGGGGAAAUUAUUGUUCUCUGUCAGUUUCUUGAUCUUCCUGCUUAUGCUGAUUCUGCUGGGGAAAGGCUUCACAGUGACCAGGGCGCGCAUCAGCCACAGUGGCUCUGUGAAGUUGUCCAUCUACAUGACCGUCUACACCAUCACCCAUGUCAUCCUCUUCAUAUAUGAGGCAGAGUUCUUUGACCCGGGUGAGGUUCUGUACGCGUACGACAGCCCGGCCGGGUAUGGCCUGAUGGGGCUGCAGCUGCUGGCCUACGUGUGGUUCUGCUACGCCGUGCUCGUCUCGCUGAAGCGCUACCCCGAGAAACAGCCCUUCUACAUCCCAUUCUUCUCCGCCUACACCCUCUGGUUCUUUGCGGUGCCAGUGAUGGCUCUGAUUGCCAACUUUGGGAUCCCUCGCUGGGCCCGGGAGAAGAUUGUCAACGGCAUCCAGCUGGGCAUCCACCUCUACGCCCACAUCGUCUUCCUGGCCAUCACACGGCCCUCAGCGGCCAAUAAGAACUUCCCCUACCACGUGCGGACGUCCCAGAUCGGCAUCCUGCUGCCCAGCCCUAAGGGUGCUGGGGGAGAGACCUUCCCUCACCACGCCUACGGGAACAGCAGCUUCCUGGGCGACUCGCAGCCCAACUUCACCGAGCUCUUCUCCAUAAACGCAGCCCCGAUGAAGACUGUGGAUGAGGCAGGGGUGCGCAAGAGUCAGGAGGUGCCUCGGAACAGCGAGCAGAAGAUCAUCACCACCACGGCCGACCUCAUAUCCAACCUGACCCCCCCACCACUCCCGCCCUUUCCCCCGCGCAUCGUGGCCCACUCGCCGCCCAGCCUCCGCCUCUCCUCCCACUUCACCGAGUACUUCAGCAUGCAGGGAGGGCCCGGCCAGGGCUCCAAAGCGUAGUCACAGAGUGAGAGAGCCAAGAGAUCGGGAGGCAGACAGGCAGAGAACAGAGGAAAGAGAUGGAUGGUUGUGUAUCU